AUGACGAAGGGUACCACCUCGUUCGGUCUCCGCCACACCAAGAGUCACACUCUGUGCCGUCGCUGCGGCCGCCGCUCGUUCCACAAGCAGCACAAGUCGUGCGCUUCGUGCGGCUACCCCGCGGCCAAGCUCCGCUCGUACGAGUGGGGACAGAAGGCCAAGCGCCGCCACACCACUGGCACUGGCCGCAUGCAGCACCUGAAGGGCGUCUCGCGCCGCUUCAAGAACGGCUUCCGCGAGGGCACCACCGCCACCCGCAAGGUCAAGGCGGAGUAA